AUGACAACCAAGCAACGAGUGUAUUCGAUAUCAAAAGUUUACGCCGAUGUAAACUCUAAGAAACCUUCAGAGUACUGGGAUUACGAGAAUCACAAGAUAGGGUGGGGAGAUAUAAAGAACUACGAGAUAGUGAGCAAAAUAGGGAGAGGCAAAUAUUCAGAGGUAUUCCAAGGAAUAAAUAUUCUAAACGAUGAGCCAUGUGUCAUUAAGAUAUUGAAGCCGGUAAAGUUGAAGAAAAUAUAUCGAGAGGUCAAGAUUUUGCAAAAUUUGACAGGAGGGCCAAACGUAGUGGGGCUUUUGGAUGUUGUGCGAGAUGAGCAGUCGAAAAUACCUGCGUUGAUAUUUGAAAAGGUCAACAAUGUUGACUUUAGGGUCUUGUAUCCCAAGUUCACCAUCAAGGACAUACAAUACUACUUCACGCAACUUUUGAUAGCCUUGGAUUAUUCGCAUUCGAUGGGGAUAAUACAUCGAGACGUGAAACCUCAAAAUAUAAUGAUUGAUCCUAUGAACAAGAAAUUAAGGCUUAUUGAUUGGGGCUUGGCGGAGUUCUACCAUGCUGGUAUGGACUACAACGUCAGAGUGGCAUCGAGAUACCACAAAGGACCCGAACUAUUGGUAAAUUUGCAACAAUACGAUUAUUCACUUGAUCUAUGGUCGGUUGGAUGUAUGUUGGGAGCUAUAAUCUUCAAAAAGGAGCCAUUAUUCAGGGGAGAUUCAAACAAUGACCAGUUGGUCCAGAUAGCUAAAGUAUUGGGAACAGAGGGGUUGAUGAAGUACGUCAACAAGUACGGGAUAAAGCUAAGCCUGGAUUAUGAUGGAAUAUUGGGAAACUAUCCAAGGAAAUCAUGGAAGUCGUUUGUAAAUAAUGAGAACCGAUACUUGAUAAGUGACGAAGUAUUGGACUUGAUCGACAAGUUGUUACAGUAUGACCAUCAAUUGAGACCAACCGCUAAGGAAGCUAUGAACCAUCCAUUUUUCAAGUUGCAAAGUUGA